AAAUUUUAUCAUACUUCCACUCAUCCCUCGCCAUCUAAUAAAUCCCUUUCCUUAAUCAAACUCUAAUCAUACCCCUCCCCCCACUUCCACUUUCACUCGCUCUUCUUCUGUUCAUUCCUCUGAUCCAGAUCAGCUCCUUAUAUACGUUUUAAAUACCUUUUUAUUUCCAAGAAUAUCAUCCGAUUUUCACUGUAUGUAUAAAAUUGCCAAUUCCACAUUGAGCCAUGAUGCUUUUCUUAUGCAGAUCUGGGUAGCAUUUUUUAGAGCUAAUACCUAGACACAGAUCUAAGAUUGGUUUCUUUAUAAUUCCCUUUUAUACUAUUGAUUAAAGGGUCAUGUAAAAUUGCAUUAGCACAGCAAACAUAUUUGUUUUUGUAUUCCUUUAUUUUUAGCUUCUCUUGUGGAAUAUUUUUUGUUUGUAAAGAACAAUUGGGGUUUGUCAAAAAUGGAAAUUUCCAGUGGAUUGAGUCCCAGAGUGAACUCUGUUACAUCUGAUGAAGGUAAAAAUGCUGGCCCACAUCCUCAAAAUUUCGACUUGGAAUUAACUGAUACGGUUUCACACACAGAUCACCAUUUUCAGACACUGAAUGCACUGGAGAUUUUGAGGGAAACUGUGAGAAUUUUGAGGUAUAAUUCUAUAGGUUUCAUGGCAAUUGCUGCAUUGCUAAUCUGCCCUGUCUCUGCUGUUGUUUUAUCUAAUAUAUUGGUUAAUCACUCCUUAGUUAAGAGACUGACCAUAAGGUUGUUGCUCGUUGCCAAAUCGAGCGGGCUUCCAUUGAAGCCAUUUAUCAAACAGUCUUGUCAAAAGUUCUCUGAAGUUGUCAUUUCAGCUGUAAUGUGCUUCCCUUUGUAUGUUACUUUAUCGCUGUUGUCAAAAGCUGCAAUAGUUUAUUCAGUCGAUUGCACUUACUCGAGGAAAAAAUUUGAUUCGCAAAAGUUUUAUGUAAUUAUGACCAAGAUUUGGAAACGGGUUGUUGUGACUUACCUGUGGGUGAGUACUGUGAUUUCUGGAUGCUUCACGUUGUUUAUUGUACUUGUUGUAUCCGUGAGCAGUGCUUUCUCGAUCAUGGGGUUCCCUCCUGACUUGAUCUUGUACCCCGCGAUGGUAGUAGGGAUGAUUUUCUCGAUUAUUUUAGCAAAUGCUAUUAUUAUCUGCAACAUUGCGAUUGUGAUAUCUGUUUUAGAGGAUGAAUCUGGACCACAAGCAUUGCUUAGGUCUAGUUCACUGAUCAAGGGGCAGACACAAGUUGGACUUCUAAUAUUUCUUGGAUCGACUAUUGGGAUGGCGAUUGUGGAGGGUUUGUUUGAGCAUAGGGUGAAGACAAUAAGCUAUGGAGAUGGAUCUUCAAGAUUAUGGGAAGGGCCUCUUUUGGUACUAUUGUACUCGUUUGUGAUGCUUAUCGACUCCAUGAUGAGUACAGUUUUCUACUUCAGCUGUAAGUCGUAUAGAAUGGAAACCUCAAGUGAAGAAAGUCAGCCUGUACUAGAAGCCUUAACAAUUUCCUCAGCAUUAGCAGAAGUCCAAUAACAUGUUUUGAAAUUUGAUUUUAUGGCUCUUGAAGUUACUGGCAGUUGUUUCUGAUACGGAGGAAUUACUACGAGAAGCUUUGCUUCACAUUCAAUUUGUGCCUACUCUUGAAAAAUAAGGAAUGAGUUAAAUUCCUCUUGGAGAAAGUUAUCAGAUGCUGAAGGCGGAUAAUUUAUGUGGUUUAGCCUCGUUGACCACUUCAUCACAAAUAGCUUCUUUAUGGAUUUGUUGUCUGCUAAAGUAUUACCAUAGAAAAUCAUUUGAAAGAUGGUAAUUUUGGAUUUUUACACAGUAGAAAACCUGUGCUGAGAUUUGAAAAGUUCAAACUAUGUACUUUUCGACAUUCACAAUUUGUAAAGAUACCUUGAAGUUUUCUUUCUUUCUUUUUUGAAAUAAAAUCUAUACCCUUGAAGUUUUCCUUCA